AUGAGAAACAAAAUUACAAAUGCCAUUUCAGACUUCUUCUUUGAGUAUGAGACCCCACGUCAGGUGCUGGUGAGGAACAGGAGAGUGGGAGUGGUGUGCCGGUUGAUUCAGCUUGGAGUUCUGGCAUAUAUCAUUGGGUGGGUGUUCAUCUAUGAAAAAGGCUACCAGUCCACCGACACCGCAGUUAGCUCAGUCUUCACCAAGAUGAAAGGAGUGGGCUACACCAAUGUGGAGGGAGUGGAGAAGGUCUGGGAUGUGGCCGACUAUGUGUUCCCACCGCAGGGCGACGCUUCGUUCGUGGUGAUGACCAAUUACAUCAUAACAGAAGGCCAGUCGUUGGGAAAGUGUCCAGAGCUCCCUGGUAAGCACAACUGUACUUCAAACACCGACUGUGAAGGAGGGAGUUUCAAACGUACGGGACACGGAAGCAUGACUGGGAUCUGUGAUAACACCACAAAGACAUGUGAGGUGCUGGCCUGGUGCCCCGUGGAGGACGACCACCACAUCCCAGAACCUCCAUUGUUGAUGUCUGCAGAAAACUACACACUUUUUAUUAAAAACUCUGUAACUUUUCCUAUAUUUGGCGUCACAAGGAGUAACCUGGUAGAAGGUAUUGAUGCUCAUUAUAUCAGUAAAUGCCUUUAUCACCCAGAAAAGUCUCCUCUCUGCCCAAUAUUCAAAAUGGGAGAUAUCAUAUCACUCUCUGGAUUCAACUUUGAAACAAUAGCAAAAGUGGGAGGAGCCAUAGGGAUUGUGGUGGACUGGACAUGUAACUUUGAUCUGGAUGUGCGCCACUGUAAACCCAAGUAUAACUUCCACGGCCUGUACGGGAACCCCGAUGAGAAGGACAAGGCUCGAGCAUCAGUCGGCUACAACUUCAGGUUUGCAAGGCAUUAUUUCGAAGACAAGGUUCAGAAGAGGACACUUCUAAAAGUGUUUGGAAUUCGUCUUGAUAUAAUUGUUCAAUCACUGGCCAGGAAGUUUGAUGUCAUUCCUACCCUAACCGCUAUAGGCUCAGGUGUGGGAAUUUUUGGAGUGGCCACUGUGGUGUGUGACUUAGUACUACUGUAUCUGUUACCAAAAAGACAGUUUUACAAGAAUAUGAAAUUCAAAUACACAGAUACACACGGACAGCCUGACAACGACUCGUUCGAUUUAGAACCAAACAACUAUUACGGCCUUGAAGCCAAAGCAGAGCACGUCCAAGACACUGGGCGGUACAACGAGCCAGACUCGGAGGCGGGAUCUACUGAGACUGAAACACACAAAUGA